AUGUGGAAGGCUUUUAAAAUUGGAGCUGGUAAGCUAAUUGCAUGGAAUGAAAUCAUAUUUUGUUCUCAAGAAGCUACCUGCCACAGCGAAGAAAAACUGUUUCUCCCAAUCUCAGCGCAAGAGAUGGAUAAGACGACUAUGCACUAUGGAAGAGUCGAUGAUGUCAGUGGCAUCUUCAAAUAUCCCCAUCCCCCGUGCUCAAAAGAAUUUCUUGGAAACUCUUCGAAGUGUGACUGCAAAUCACAGCCCAGUGAAGACGGUAUGGAGUGGCGUGUAUGACCAGUUACGAAUCGAUUGCCUUCAGCGCCUCCAGAGGAUUUCACUGGAUUCUAAAAGAAAGUCAUGCCUCCAGUUCAAAUUGAAACCACAACGGAACAGGGAGAAAGGAAGAUCCCGCACAAGUAGCUAACGAUAUGCUCAAUGCUCGCAACACCGAUGACACACGAAUGUUUAGUAAAAUGAAAUGGCUUUCAAAGCUUCAAAUCCAGGGAUUUUUUUCGCGAGUCUCUGCGAAGAGAAAGCAAUCCGAUGGUAAGGAAACCUCCAGCCAUGGCGACGAGCCUGACGAUAAUGAAGAGCUAGCUGAAGAGUAUGCCUCGCUAACAGAUGAAGAAAUGCUCGAGAAAGCCAGUGUAGCCAUACAGUCUGAAAUUGGUGUCAAGAGUCUAGUGAUAUAUGAUGUCUACAACCUUUGCGAAAUGGCAUUUGAAAACAGACUUUCAUUUUUCAAGGUUAAGAUGCUCAGGGAAAUGUGCAAGCAUUUUGAAAUCCCAUCUAACUCA